UUUAUUUUUACUUACACGACGAGCAUGAUCGAAAUAUACAUGCCUUCCUCUUCGUCUGCAGAUCCAACUUGACUCAUUCAAAGACACAAAUUAUGAGUUCCAAAUCAGUAAAGCUUCGAAGAUUAUUAUCGCUUCCCAUUUUAUCAGUUUUUGUUUUAGUGGGUUUCAUAUAUUACAUCACUAUAUUUGUGUUUCUUGAAGAUUGGUUGGGUUUGCAUUCUUCAUCUGGUUCUUUGAACACUCUAAUCUUCUCUGUUUUGGCUUCUUUUACUCUUUUCUCAUUCCUGGUUUGUGCUACUACUGAUCCGGGUCGGGUCCCAUCUGGGUAUGUGCCUGAUAUUGAACAUAGUGAUGCUUCUGAUCAAGAAUCUAAAAAGAAUGAUGUACAAUUGAGGCGCUGUGACAAGUGUUCUGCAUUCAAGCCUCCUAGAGCCCAUCAUUGCCGUGUCUGUAAACGGUGUGUCUUACGUAUGGAUCACCACUGCUUGUGGAUAAAUAAUUGUGUUGGACACCAAAACUAUAAAGCCUAUGUUAUUCUUGUUCUGUAUGCAACCGUGACAAACAUUUAUUCUUCGGUUAUUAUUGUUUGCUCUGCGAUUCUUAAGGACUGGGCUUUCAAUGGAUCAAGUUCCAUCAAGAUUUUUUAUAUUUGCAGUGCGAUUAUGACCAUGGGAUUUAGCUUUACACUAGGUACUCUCUUGGGCUGGCAUAUAUAUCUCAUCACCCGGAAUAAGACAACAAUAGAGUAUUACGAAUCAGUACGAGCAGAAUGGCUGGCUAGAAAAUCUGGGCAGAACUAUCAUCAUCCUUUCGAUGUUGGUUUUUACAAAAAUAUUACUCUGAUAUUGGGACCAAACAUGUUGAAAUGGUUAUUCCCCACUGCAGUGAGUCAUUUAAAAGAUGGUAUCCAGUUUCCUACUGUCCGAGAUAGCUUAUAGCAUCAUCACUUCUCAGCAUCACCCGUGCACAAUUUAAGGUUUUAAAAUCCAAGGGUUAUGAAUUGAAAGUACAGUUCACUGGUCCAUGAUAUAACUGUGUCGCUUAUUGUUGUGAUGAGUGACGACGUUUAACAAGGUUCAAGGUUAUGGGUUUACUUCAUAUGAACAAAUAUUAUUUUGCUUCCAUGUCGCUUAUAUGAUGCUUAAGUCAAUAGUAUGUCUUUGUCAAAGGAUCUCAAUUGUAUAUGGAAUAGGAUUUUUGUAAUGAUGGAUCAUUCUUUGACCUCUGUAAAGUAAGUUGUUGAUUACGUACUGAGGAUUGCGGUGGUUUAAAUAGUGUUUGCCGAUACUUUUUUAUUC